AUGUUCGCCAGCCCAGAAGAAACCGCCAUAGAAUACCGCUACGACUCGGAGCUCCUCCGCAUUGAAGCCUGGGGCCCCAACGCGCUCCGCGUCCGCGCAACCCACGAGCCCGCCUUCCCACCAGAGAACUGGGCUCUCACCGAGCCCCUGCCCGCACCCACAGCCGUCCAAGCAACCGUCUUAGACUCCCACGCCACCCUCCGCAACGGCGCCAUCACCGCCCACGUCAACCACCGCGGCAAGCUGACCAUCACCAACACCCGCACGAACAAGGUCCUGCUGCAGGAGUUCGUGCGCCAGCGCCUCGACGUCACGGACCCGGCCUGCAGCGCCCUGCGCAUCGUGCCGCGCGAGUUCAGGCCGCGCCUCGGCGCCGACUCGUGGCACCUCACGGCGCGGUUCGAGGCGUCGGCGGACCCGCACGAGAAGAUCUUCGGUAUGGGGCAGUACCAGCAGCCGUAUCUGGACCUGAAGGGUGCCGACGUCGAGCUGGCGCAGCGCAACUCCCAGGCCAGCGUGCCGUUUGCCGUCAGCUCGACCGGGUACGGGUUCCUGUGGAAUAACCCGGCUAUCGGGCGGGCCGUGUUCGGUAAGAACGUGACGACGUUUGAGGCGUACUCGACGAGGGUGCUGGACUACUGGGUCGUGGCGGGGGACACGCCGGCUGAGAUCGUGAGGGCGUACGGGGGCGUCGUGGGGAGGGCGCCUGAGAUGCCGGAGUACGGCCUUGGGUUCUGGCAGUGCAAGCUUCGAUAUCAGACGCAGGAGGAAGUGCUGGAGGUGGCGAGGGAGCACAAGAAGCGCGCGCUACCGAUGGAUGUCAUCGUGGUCGAUUACUUCCACUGGCCCAAGGAGGGCGAGUGGAAGUUCGACCCGACGUUCUGGCCCGGUCCGGACGCCAUGAUCGCCGAGCUCAAAUCCCUCGACAUCGAGCUCAUGGUCUCCAUAUGGCCGACGGUAGACCGACAGUCGGAGAACUACGCCGAGAUGCUCGAGAAGGGGCUGCUGAUGCGGCAGGAUCGUGGCUGGAGGAUCGCCAUGGAGGGCGAGGGCAACUGCGUGCACUUUGACGCGACGAACCCGGCGGCGCGCGAGUACGUGUGGCAGAAGGCCAAGCAGCACUACUUCGACAAGGGUGUGCGUAUCUUCUGGCUUGAUGAGGCCGAGCCUGAGUUCACCCAUUAUCAUUUUGAUAAUUAUCGGUACCAUGCUGGGCCGGACCUGAUGGUCGGCAACAUCUACCCCCUAGCCUACGCCCAAGCCUUCCACGCCGGCCAGCUCGCGGCCGGCCAAACCCACAUCGUCAACCUAGUCCGCUGCGCCUGGGCCGGCUCGCAAAAGCACGGCGUCCUCCUCUGGUCCGGCGACGUCGCCUCGUCCUGGCCGUCCCUGCGCGCGCAGCUCUCCGCCGGCCUCAACGCCGGCCUGGCGGGCAUCCCCUGGUGGACGACCGACAUCGGCGGCUUCCACGGCGGCGACCCGCGGGACCUGGCCUUCCGCGAGCUGUUCGUGCGCUGGUUCCAGUGGGGCGCGUUCUGCCCCGUGUUCCGGCUGCACGGGGACCGCGAGCCGAAGCAGGAGCGGCUCGGAGACACUGGGGGCAGUCAUUGUCUGUCGGGCGCGCCCAACGAGGUGUGGUCGUAUGGCGAGGAGGUAUAUGACAUCUGCCGGUCAUAUUUGUUCCUGAGAGAGAAGUUGCGCGGGUAUGUGAGGGGGUUGAUGCAGGAGGCGCAUGUCCACGGCGAUCCCGUCAUCAGGACCAUGUUCUAUGAAUUCCCUGUCGAGGCACGCAUGUGGUCUGUCGACGACCAGUAUAUGUUUGGUUCCAAGUAUGUCGUCGCGCCGAUCCUGAGCGCUGGGCAGAGGGAGAGGGUGGUCGCACUCCCCGGGGGCGCGAGUUGGCGAAGGCUGUCAGCUGAGGGGGAACUGGUGGGCGAUGUUAUUGAAGGUGGUGGCUCAGUCACCGCCGAAGCGCCGCUUGGAUACAUGCCUGUGUUUGAGAAACAAUAA